UCUUGACUGCACUCUCGCAAAAGAGGAAGCAGAAGACCCACAUCACUCCCUCCCUCCCUUGCAUCUUUGCACGAUCGAAAGUUGAUUUCUUAAGCGCCGCCGUUUUCUCCGCCCUGCGCGUCUGUCCGCCGCCGUCAUUUUGUCCUUCCUCUAGGUCGUCUCUGUCUCUUGUCUCACAUCUUCACGUCUUUCUCCUCCUUGUUCUCGCGUGACCACCGUCGUUUCUUCUUCCUCCAACUGCGUCCACCAUCAUUUUCUCCUUCCUCCUGGCACUAACCUUUGAAGAAGAAAGGUCACAAUCAUGGUGCAAUGGCAGAGACAUAUUUUCCCAAUUCUUCGUCACAUUCAUAAGGGAGUGGACCAUGUCUAUCAUUCAGCUCCAAAGCUUUCAAUUUCUCACUUAAGCUCUUCUUUUCCACAAGGUCAGUUUCAGGGAGCAUGGACAACAACUUCGCCCAGUAUCUCGAGGCCUAUGUAUCACUGUUUCCAGCAUCAGGGAAUUUCAAGUUCUACUUGGUUGCUUGCAAAUUCACCUGAGGAAACACCUGUUUCGUCACCACUAGCCCCACUUUCAUUAUUGGGUAGUUCAAAAGGUGAAGACCAGAAUCAGAAAGCUGUUUCUAAGCCAGAAAAUGUUCAAGCUGUAUUAAAGGGGAUAAAGCAGAGUCCUAAGAAGGUCAAUUUGGUUGCUGCUUUGGUUCGUGGUAUGCUCGUUAAAGACGCAUUGUUGCAGUUGCAAUUGACAGUAAAGCGAGCUGCAAAAACUGUAUAUCAGGUUAUUCAUUCAGCCAGAGCAAAUGCCUCUCAUAAUCAUGGGUUGGAUUCAGACCGUCUCAUUAUUGCUGAAGCAUAUGUCGGAAAGGGAUUUUAUAAAAAGAGAAUAUCCAUUCACGGGAAAUGUAGACAUGGGAUCAUGCACAGACCAGAGUGCAGGCUAACUGUUGUAGUAAGAGAGAUAACCCCUGAAGAAGAGGCAAAGAUUGCAAGGCUGAAGGUCCACAACUUUAAGAAGCUCUCUAAGAGGGAGAGACGACUUGUGCCGCAUAAGCUUAUUGAGACCACUCCUGUUUGGGGCCGCAAAAACAAGCCUACCAGUCAAAACUCGGGUGCUGCAGUUGCAUGAUUUGGUUCAUGGAACAAAUUUUCAGCAUUAUGCCCCUUUUACAAGAACUGGUAAUAAGUGACGAAAUUUUUUUUCUAUUUAAAAAUAUGAAUAACUAAUAUACAGUGGCAUCUGUUAUCAUUUUAAGUGAUUGAGUACGAACUUUUUUGAGGA